AUGACAACGCCGCGCAGAAGCCACAGCCGUACCUCCUGCCUGGCCCCUCCGGGCAGUCCAGCUCCUCAGAUGAGAGCUGCGCUGAGGCCAGCACCAGCAGCUCAGCCCCCUGCAGCAACCCUACCAUAUGCAAUCAGCUCACCUGCUGCGGCACCCGGACAGCCAGGCCUGUUGGCCCAGAUGGCCACCACUGCAGCUGGCGUGGCUGUGGGCUCUGCUGUUGGGCACACGCUGGCCCAUGCCAUCACUGGGGGCUUCAGUGGAGGGAGCAAUGCUAAGCCCUUGAGGCCAGACAACCAGGGAGCCCAGUUAGCACAGUAGCAGGAGUUUGGCCAGAAUCAGAAUGAUGUUAAGCUCUAUGAGGGUUUCAGUGAAGUCCUGAGACAGUGCAGAAUUGCACAUGGGUUAAUCUAA